UAGCUAAUAAAAGCAACUGAGCUCCAACAUAAAAACUGGUCGGAGAUCGGCACCACAGAGACUUCGCGAGUUUAUGAUGGAGUACAGCUAUCUGACGUCUCCUGCGUAUGAGUCCGGGAUGGAAACCGGCAGAUCCUCGAGCCGUUCGGCGGACUUCAGCUCCUGCACUCCUUCACUUUCCAAUACAACAGGUGCAAUUUAGGAAACGCCAGCUGCCAUUUCCUCUCGCCCGGAUCUCACCAAACUUCCCACUACAUAACAGUGCAUUCUAAUCUUAUGGCUUAUGAACGAGGCGUCCAGGAGCGGCGCAAACAAAGGCGCGUGCGCACCAUCUUCACCAGCGCGCAGCUGAAAGCGCUCGAGCGCGCCUUCGCACACACUCAAUAUCCGGACAUCUACACGAGAGAGGAGCUCGUGCAGGAGAUCCAGCUCACUGAAGCCCGAGUUCAGGUCUGGUUUCAGAACAGACGUGCUAAAUUCCGCAAACAGGAGCGCGCAGCCUCAUGGAAUGAGUCUUCCUCAAAAACACACAGUUCACCAUCUCAUGACAGCUCAGAAACAGCGAGCGCCACUGACCCAGACAGCACACAGCCCUCUCUUCCCCUCAUUGGGGACCAGAAGCAGGACAGCAGAGACAGACCACCUCCAGAGGAGCUGCCUCUGUUGUUAGGCUUAACUUCUCUUGAAGCACAGAGACAGCGUGGUCAUCAAAUUCCCUGUGUUGAUUCUGUGUGCCUGUGUUGAACACUGAAGACAUGAUGUGCCAUUUAAAACACUGAAUACAUUAGUUAGUGUCAGUUUCUAACUUUUAUUUUUGUUUUAUCUUAACAAGUCUCUGAGGGAUUUAAUAUAGUAAUAAAUAUAUAUGGCAG